AUGUGUGGCAGCCCAAAUCGGCACAAAGCUAUCACAUCUGUAGCCCUACAAUGGACACGUAAAGCUGAAGAACUCAUUGAUGUUGACACUAAGAAAGAGAAAUGCUUUAAUGACUUAUGUCUUAAUUGCUGGCAUCAAUAUCAGAAAGGCAAAGACUUGGCAAAGCGGACUCUAGAUAUUGACAAACUUCUAAAUAGAUGUAACUCUGACAUAGUAGCAAGUCCAAUUGAUCUUCCAGGUAUAAAAUACCGUUGCUUACCAAAUUUCAUGCAUUUUGAGAGUAGAAAGUCAACAUUUGAAGAACUUAAAAAGGCACUAGAAAAUGAAGAAAACAGUAUGCUUGGAUUGCAAGGCUUAGGAGGAACUGGCAAAACCUCCAUGGCAACAGAAGUGGGCGCUGAGUUAGAAGGAUCCACAUUUGGAAAAGUCAUCUUUCUUGUGGUCUCUAAGCUUCCAGAUUUCAAAAAGCUUCGAGGUGAAAUUGCUAGGAAUUUGGAUUUGAAAUUAGAGAAUGGACUGGAAGAAGUACCCUAUGACAAAAUAUUGACCAAAAUCAAAGCAUUAAAAGAAAGACUUCUUAUAGUACUAGAUGAUGUGUGGACAGAGUUUGAUCCCACAAAAGAGUUGGGGAUUCCUCCUCCCCACCUACACAAGGGUUGUACUAUAUUGAUAACCACCCGGAUUAAUGAGAUUUGUACAAAAAUGGAUUGCCAAAGUCACAUUCAUCUAGAUGCAUUGACUAAGAAGGAAGCAUUGUCUCUUUUCCUCGAGCAUACUAGAAGUUCCUCUAAUUUGGAGAUUUUGGCACAAAAUAUUGUGGAGCACUGCCAUGGAGUACCAGUUGUAAUUGUUGCUGUAGCAAGAUCAUUAAAAGGUCGACCUUCUAUAGUUUGGAAGGAAGCCUUGAGGAACUUGCAAAGCGGUGAGCCAAUAUUUAAGGUUCGUGAUUAUGAUUUAAAGGGGGUCUAUGAAGGUUUGAAGUUGAGCUAUGAUAAUUUGAAAAAUGAAAAAGCCAAAAAGCUCUUGUUGAUAUCUUCCCUAUUCCCUGAAGAUUUUGAGAUCCCUAUGGAGUUUUUAAUCAGAAUUGGUGCAGGAAUGGGCCCUUUUUGGGAAGUUGAUGACUACAAUGAAAGAAGAAGAAAAGUAAUUGAUGCUAUAGUGGAACUCCUAGAUUCUUCUUUAUUAUUGAAUGCAGAGAGGGAAUGUGUAAAGAUGCAUGAUUUGGUUCAUGAAGUAGCCUUAUUGAUAGGAGAAAAGGAUGUUCAAUCUGUCAUUGAAUCUAAACCACCUAAAGAGGGCUUGCAAUGUUUAUUUUGGAAAAGCGAUUGUUUUCCAAGGCACUUUGAUGGUAGAAACCUUGAGGUUUUACUUUGGGUUCUAGAUAACUCAAAGGAUUUGGAAGUCCCUGAUACAUUCUUCAAAGUGAUGAAAAAGCUCAAAGUUUGGUUUCUAUGGAGUAAAGCUCAAUUUCGAAUUUCAGCUCCAUCACUACUUUCGUCAAUUCAGUCAUUACAAAAUAUUCGAACUCUCCAAAUAGGAAAUUUUGAAUUAUGCAAUAGCAUCUCUAUGUUGGGAAGGUUGCCAAAUCUUGAGAGUCUAUGGUUCGAUAAUUGUUCAAUUAUUAAAUCACCUGAAGAAAAUUUUGAGCUAGAGAAGUUGAGAUUCUUAAGGAUAGAAAAUUGUGAUAUCAAUAUGAGUAAUCCUUUUGAAGUGAUUGAAGCAUGCCCAAAGCUAGAGGAGUUGACUUUUUUGAGUAAUGAGUAUGAUAAGGAGGAAAUAGAACCUACAAUUUCUCAUAAAGCAUCUUUUCAUACGUUACAGACAUAUCACAUAUCUUGUGAUGGUCAGGAUGAAUUUUUAGAUUAUUUUGAGCAAUGUGGUUCCCUAUCAAGAUGCUUUAAGCCAAAUAAUUUAAGGCAUUUAAUCUCUGAGGCAACAUUUGAGCAACUUGCAAGAACAGCUGAGCUUCUUAGCUUUAGUGGGUAUAGAGUAACAAAACAGAAAAAUCUUGUCCCUGACAUUGUUCUAGUAGACAACAGAGGCAUGACUGACUUGAUCAUUCUUCAAUUGGAUUCUUGGCCUGACAUGCAAUGUCUCAUUGAUGCUGUGAACAAUCACCUUGAUGUGAAGAAUGCUUUUUCCAAUUUAGUUGGACUAUAUCUUUCUGAAAUGGGACUAAGCAAUAUAUUAUUCAAUGGCCACUAUAACCUGUGUCAUCUGAAGACCUUGAAACUGAACGAGUGUCCAAAGCUGACGUCAAUUUUCCUCCCAUCCACUGCUCAAAGUCUUUUGCAGUUAGAAGAGUUGAAUAUUGAGAGAUGUGAUGCAUUGGAAUGCAUUCUAGAAGAUAAGAGUUCAAGAGGGAAAAUAGCCAGUGGUGAUGUUGACAAUGAUCAAAAGAGCUACGACACUCUGUUUCCAAAGUUUAAAAUUCUUGAAAUUGAUAGUUGUGACAAUUUAGAAAUAAUAUUGCCAAUCCUUCUCGGUGGAUGGCCUCUGGAAAGAAUAACCAUAUUGAAGUGCAAGAAGUUGAAAUAUAUAUUUGAUAAGUUCCAAGAGGUCAAUGUUAUGCUCCCCACCCUGGAAAGCAUGGAACUUUAUGAACUACCAAGUUUGGUUGGUGUUUUCAGGGAGUAUGAAAAAUGCAUCUCUUUGUCACCGCAACGGCCAGCACCCACACCUCUAAGCACCAAGACACGCUCUUUCUCUUGGGCUCAAGUAUGUUGUUUCAAAUCAAAGGCCACAAGUAAAGAGGCUGAUGGUGCUGUUUCUACAGGGACAUUGCUUGAUGAAGGAAUCCCACAGGGAUUACUUGCAUCAAAGAAAUGGAUUGAUACUGCUCCUACCCUUGGGAGACAACUAGCACUCCAUGUUGUUGGUCAUAUCAGGAAGAUGAAUCUUGUAUCUCUCUCUUCAAAUUCAGUAUCAACUUUGUUCACUUUAUCCAUGGCAUCAGUGAUAUCAUGGGAAGAAUUGACAAUCAUCGGUUAUGAUGGGCUGAAGCAAUUGGUAACAAGCGAGGAUGAUGAUUAUAAAGAUCAAAUUAAUUGCAGUUCUAUUUUCCCAAAGCUACGGAUACUUCAUAUCUCAGAGUGCAAGGACUUGGAAUUUUUAUUUCUGUCUGCAAUAUCUGUGGAAAUUAAGAAUUUAAAGUUCUUGACUAUUGGUGGUGCUCCUCAGCUAACAUAUCUCAUUGAGAAAUACCAGCAUCAGCAUCGUUUAUCUAAUCAAAAUCAGAAUGACGAGUGGCACUUCGAUCUCCCUGCUUUGGAGGUCCUCUGUUUAGAGAGAGCACCUAAGUUCACCAGCAUUGGUCCAAUGAAUUAUAAAAUGGUGUCACUAUCACUACAACACGUUUGUUCAGACAAAGCACAACUGAAUUCGAAUGCCACAAAGGGAUUAUUUGCAUCAAAGAAAUGGAUUGAUACUGCUCCUCCGCUUAGGAGGCAACUAGCACUCCAUGUUGUUGGUCAUAUCAGGAAGAUGAAACUUGAAUCUCUCUCUUCAAAUUCAGUAUCAACUUUGUUCACUUUAUCCAUGGCAUCAGUGAUAUCAUGGGAAGAAUUGACAAUCAUCGGUUAUGAUGGGCUGAAACAAUUGGUAACAAGCGAGGAUGAUGAUUAUAAAGAUCAAAUUAAUUGCAGUUCUAUUUUCCCAAAGUUACAGAAACUUCAUAUCUCAGAGUGCAAGGACUUGGAAUUUUUAUUUCUGUCUGCAAUAUCUGUAGAAAUUAAGAAUUUAAAGUUCUUGACUAUUGGUGAUGCUCCUCAGCUAACAUAUCUCAUUGAGAAAUACCAGCAUCAGCAUCGUUUAUCUAAUCAAAAUCAGAAUGACGAGUGGCACUUCGAUCUCCGUGCUUUGGAGGUCCUCUGUUUAGAGAGAGCACCUAAGUUCACUAGCAUUGGUCCCAUGAAUUAUGAAAUGGUGUCACCAUCUCUACAAAAUGUUUGUUCAGAUAAAGCACAACUGGAUUUGAAUACCACAAAGGAGGCACCAACUCAUACAAGUCCCAACCUCGAUGUUCUUCCUACAAGAGACAACACUUAUGCAAGUGCCAAAAGUUUUGAAGAGAAAGAAGAAGAAGAAGAAGAUGAUGCUCAAGUUUCUGACAAAUCCCUCGGCCAUGCCAUUGUCUCAAGUGGAAGUGAUAAUUUAAGAGUUGACCCAGAAACUACAACUACUCAACUUUCUGAUCACUCUCAAAAUCAAGAUUCUGAAGUUAGGGAAGAGGCAGAGCAGAAUCUUUCUCCCCAUUUAAAUGGAAGACAAGCCAUGGAACCACAACAAUCCACAAUUGGUUCUUUAAAUUUCACAAUAAAUGACAAAGAAGAGAAUCCAAGUGUUCUGAAUACAACUGAUUCACAAAAGGCAUCUUUAAAAGUUGAGCUGGGUGCCAAAGAGAAGAAAGAAACAAUCAUGAUGGAACCACAAUCACGACAAGAAACGACAAUAGAUGAUGUACAAUCUCAUGAGAAAGAGGAAGAGGGAAGAGAAGGUGGCUUGAUAACUUUACUGCAUCAUCAAAGCGAGGUAAAAGUAAAGAGAUCUUUAUUGAAGGAGAAGCCGGAGACUUUCGUUCAUGAUGGGACAAAGUCAAAUGUUGUUGAGGAUACAAAGUUGUCAUUGUCACCAUUUUCUAUACCUAUAGAGAUGAUGCCUUCUCUUCUGGAAGCCAAUAAUCAAGCUUCAACUAUUUCUGGAGUACAAGAAAUAGUCGAUAUGAUGAAGUUGGAGGGUUUUGAGCAUUUAAUAUUUGCAAAGGCACUUGAGACUCGCCCACAACUUCGGCUCUCUACAAAAGAUCGAAGCGCUCGAGUGUUACACAUGUCCUACAGGGUAUUGCUUGAUAUCUUGAACAUUCUAACCACCAGGACUCCUUUCACUAUCACCGAGGCAGACAAGAGGAUGCUAGCUGAGCAUUUGAAGGAUGCUUAUCUUUUGGGUUUUGACAAGGAUUGGAUUGAGUCUAUAAAGAAUAAGGUUUUUUAUGGUGAGAUAUGUAAAGUUGAUAGCAUCCAAAAUGUUCUAGAGGGUUUAGACAAUGAUCUGCGGAGCAAUGAGGCAAUGCUUGAAGCUAUUCGUGAUGAGGAAAUUGAGGCUGCAAGAGUGGCACAGGUGGCUCAACAAGAGCAUGCCAAUGUUAUGGCUCGUCAUGCUCAUCUUUUAAAAGAACGUCAAGAUAUCAUAGAACGAAGGCAACAAUGUUGGGAGAUAAUUGCUGCUAAACAUAGGCCUUUUGGAUUUUAG